CAAAUAUGCAAUCUAACUCAAGAAGAGAAGAGAGAGUGGAGGGUGCUCAAUUAUCUUAUAUUUUUCAGUUGCCUUAUAAUUUGUAGGUGUUGACCCACUAAUCCCAUUGUGGGCUUUGCCAAAGCGAUCCAUGAGAAUCCAUCCUCCAGUUCAGGAAGAAGGAAACUAUAAAGCAAAGAAGAAGAAACGCUAGAAAGGGCAAGGAGCGAGGUCAGUAAAGAAUAUGGGUGUCACAAAGGAGCAACUCGAAUCUACUUUAACUUCUAACUUGAAUCCUCAACAUCUGGAGGUAACUGAUACAUCUGGAGGAUGCGGGGCGAGCUUUGUAAUUGACAUUGUCUCGGAACAAUUUGAAGGAAAAAGGUUGCUUGAACGACAUCGGUUAGUGAAUGCUGCUUUGGUGGAGGAAAUGAAAGAGAUUCAUGCUCUUUCCAUCAAGAAGGCUCUGACCCCACAACAAUGGAAGCAACAACAAGAAGAAUCUGAGAAAUCAAAGUCUGCAGCUUAGAGAAUGGUUUAUAAGUAAAGUAAGAGCCAUUGAUAAAUAAAGCAUACCAUAAAGCCUUUACAGUGAUGGUGUAAUCCUGAUUCUGCUGUACUUGUGUAUGAAAGUUUCUGCUUUUGAGUUUGUA